CAACCGCGAGUCGCUCUGGGAGGCAGCGCCGGAGGACGCCGAAGGCUCAGCGCGCCUCAGCAUGCGCAGCCUCCGCGGGGCCAGCGGGGCCCUGCUGGUGCCUCUCUUGGUCCUGCUCCAGACCCUCCGGAGCUCCCAGACCCACGAAGUUGUCCUGCUGGAUUUUGCCAAGGCCCAGGGGGAUCUUGGAUGGCUCAAUCAUCCCUACGGAAAAGGGUGGGAUCUUCUUCAGAACGUCAUGAACGAAUCCCUUAUCUACAUUUAUUCAGUCUGCAACGUGAUGGAGGGCGAUCAGGACAACUGGCUGCGGACCAACUGGAUCUACCGAGGGGAAGCCCAGCGAAUCUUCGUUGAAAUACAGUUCACGGUCCGAGACUGCAACACCUUCUCCACUGGGACAGGCACUUGCAAGGAAACCUUCAACCUCUUCUACGCAGAGUCGGAUGUGGAUUAUGGCAUCAAUUUCCAAAAACGCCAGUUCCAUAAGAUUGAUACAAUUGCUCCGGAUGAGAUCACCGUGCUCGAAGACUUCAGCACCCGCAACGUGAAGAUCAACGUUGAGGUGCGCUCAAUAGGGCCCCUUACCCGAAAAGGCUUCUAUUUGGCUUUCCAGGACAUUGGUGCAUGUGUGGCUCUCCUCUCCGUCCGAAUCUACUACAAGAAGUGCCCCGGGGUCUUCCGCAACAUGGCCGGCUUCCCAGAAACGAUUGCGGGUGCCGAUUCGCAGGCCCUGGCCAAGGUGCCCGGCACCUGCGUGUCGGAAGCUGUGGCCACCGAGGAGCCGUUCAUGCACUGCAACUCGGAUGGAGAGUGGCUAGUGCCGAUUGGCGAGUGCCUUUGCCGAGAAGGCUAUGAAAAAGAUGGGAACAGCUGCAGAGCUUGCUCGCCUGGGUUCUUUAAGCAAGACGUCUCCAACAGCGCCUGCUUGAAAUGCCCCUUGCAUACGCUGCCGUCUUCUGAAGGCUCCAUUUUGUGUCCUUGUGACGAAGGCUAUUUUCGGGCUCCGAGCGAUCCAGUUUCCAUGGCAUGCACAAAGCCCCCCUCUGCUCCUCACGGUGUGACGGCAAUCGGUCUGGGCGCCGAAGUACAGCUGCGCUGGUCCCCCCCACAGAACACAGGAGGCCGCAGAGACAUCACCUACGGCGUGUCGUGCGAACAGUGCUGGCCGGAAUCCGGGGAGUGCCGCCCUUGUGACGCCACUCUCCGCUAUUCCGAUAAUCCGCAUGGCCUUGCUGGCACUUCUUUGACUGUGAGUGGCCUGGAGCCACAUGUUAACUAUACCUUCACGGUAGAAGCGCAAAACGGAGUAUCCUCCUUCAGCACCCGGCGCAGCUACGGAGUCACCAGCAUCAGCGUCAAUCAGACAGAACCACCAAGGGUAACUUCGGUGACCAUGGAAGGUCGCACCGCUACCAGCUUAGCUUUGUCUUGGACUGUCCCUCCUCGCCAGCAGAGCCAUGUUUGGAAAUACCAGGUCACUUACAAGAAGAAGAAGGAUGAAAACAGCUACUCGGUCCUGCGUUCUGAAGGAAACUCCGUCACCCUCCACAAGCUGGCCCCUAGCACCAAGUACUUGGUGAGCGUCCAGGCACUGACGCAGGAUGGCCACGGCGCCCACAGCAUGGAGCAUGAGUUUGAGACACUUCCCGAGCAUUCGGAUGGUGUGAAUACUGCAGCGGUCCUUGGAGGUUCCAUUGCCGGCUUCAUCUUCAUGUUGGUCAUAGUGGUGACCGUUUUCCUGUUAAUCCGACAGAGGAAAAAGAAUUUGCGGGCCCGGCAGACAUCAGAAGAUGUUUACUUCUCCAAGUCUGAUCAGCUCAAGCCCCUGAAGACUUACGUGGAUCCCCACACCUACGAAGACCCCAAUCAGGCAGUGCUGAAGUUCACCACUGAGAUCCAUCCUUCCUGCAUUUCCCGACAGAAAGUUAUUGGAGCAGGAGAAUUUGGGGAAGUGUACAAAGGAAUUCUGAAAAAUGGCAAGAAAGAGAUCCCUGUGGCUAUUAAGACCCUGAAAUCAGGUUACACAGAAAAACAGCGCAUUGACUUUUUGAGUGAGGCAAGCAUCAUGGGGCAAUUCUGUCACCACAACAUUAUUCACUUGGAAGGAGUUGUCUCCAAAUAUAAGCCUUUCAUGAUCAUCACAGAAUACAUGCAGAAUGGCGCCCUGGAUAAAUUCCUGCGGGAAAAAGAUGGGGAGUUUUGUGUCAUCCAGUUGGUGGGCAUGUUGAGGGGAAUUGCUUCUGGAAUGAAAUACUUGGCCAGCAUGAACUACGUCCAUCGGGAUCUGGCUGCGCGCAAUAUCCUCGUGGACAGCCAGCUGGUCUGCAAAGUCUCCGAUUUUGGCCUAUCCCGUGUCCUGGAGGAUGAUCCUGAUGCUACUUACACCACCAGCGGUGGGAAAAUCCCCAUCCGAUGGACGGCGCCCGAGGCCAUCUCCCAUCGCAAGUUCACUUCCGCCAGCGACGUCUGGAGCUACGGAAUCGUCAUGUGGGAGGUGAUGUCCUACGGCGAACGGCCCUACUGGGAACUCUCCAAUCACGAGGUAAUGAAAGCAAUUAAUGAAGGCUUCCGACUUCCUGCACCACUGGAGUGUCCUUCUGCCAUCUACCAGCUAAUGAUGCGGUGCUGGCAACAAGAGAGGGGCCAGCGGCCUAAAUUCAAUGAUAUUGUUAGCAUCCUGGACAAGCUGAUCCGUGCCCCCGAGUCGCUCAAGACCUUGGCAGAGUUUGACCCUCGGAUCUCCAUCCGCCUGCCCAGCACCAGCGGCUCAGAGGGAGCUCCUUUCCGAACGGUGGCGGAGUGGCUCGAGUCCAUCAAGAUGCACCAGUACACCGAGCACUUCGUGGCUGCUGGGUAUAAUGCCAUUGAGAAGGUGGUGCAGAUGACCAACGACGAUAUCAAGAGAAUUGGAGUGCGUCUACCAGGGCACCAGAAGCGUAUUGCCUACAGCCUCCUCGGACUGAAGGAACAAGUCACCACCGUUGGCAUUCCAAUUUAAGAUGGAGAAAUUCCACCCAACGUCGCUGGCUUUAUUGCCCUGCUCAGCUACUUUGCUUGCUGAAUCUGGGACCAGCAGCAAACGUACUUCCUGGUGUAUACUUGAAGUGGAGAAGCGACCUCUCUCGCCAAGGAUGCUGACAGUUAAGGACCUGCCUUCCCCGCGCUAUUUAUUGCCUGUCUUCUCAUUUAUCUGUUGGAAAUUUCACGCCCUGCUCCAUGAAGUGUCCAGGAUAAGCCAUUAGACUGUGCCUUAUGUCCCCAAGCAGAGCUGCCAAAAGCCAGGUGGUCUUCUUCUAGUCUUACUUCCUGCUGGGAAAGAUCCUCAAGGCUACUGAAUGUUUGUACCAUCCUCUCUUUCACCCCUUCCCAAUUUUGCCUCAAAAACCCUUGACUGAUACAACACAGAUCACUGGUCACCGCUGGCGUGCCCCGCUCCUCUGUGAGGCCUUUCUAAAACAAAAGCCUGCUCCUUUUCACACUCACAGCCCCGCCCCCAUGUUAGUGUCUUUCUCUAACAUGAAAAGCAGAGAACUCUAUAAUUAAAGCUUAUAUAUGAAGCUAAGCUUUAGCUUUAAUUGGAUGAGGACUGUGCACAUUUAGAAGGUCAGAGCAGUAUAAUAGGAGCUGCUGGAUAUUCUGUUCUUCGUCUGCGUUUCUGUUCAGGCACAGAAGGGUUUUCCUUUUACGUUUUUACUCUUUAAUGAACCUAACCUGGCACUUCCAAGAAGAGGCCUUACAGAGACUCUGCUCAAGCCUCAGCUUAAAGGUGGUUUGUCCAGGAUGAUCCAAAGACAACUCUUUGCAAGUCAUUUUAUUCUUAUUUAUUCAUCCUCCCAAACUGCUGCCCAUCCCUAAAUGCACUCUUGAUUUUUUGACAAUUACUGUAUUCUUUCUUCAUAUUAAUAUUUCCUUGUUAAUGUUAAUUUAUUUUUAUAUUUAUUAUUUUUUUUAAAAAAAAGACUGUUUCAAUGUUAAAUAUAAUGCACAUUUAAAAAAAUAAGAAUUUACUUUUGUUUGUGCAUAAAUAUUCUCUAGCUUUAAUAAAAUGUUUUUAUUCUU